GGUGACGUGGCGGCGGCGCUGAGGGCAGGGCAGGAGGAAGAGGAAGGAGGAGGAGGAAGAAGGAGAAGUAGUAGGGGCAGGGGCAGGGGCCCGAGCCCGAGCCGGUGCCAUGGCCAGCCAGUCGCAGGGCAUCCAGCAGCUCCUGCAGGCCGAGAAACGCGCCGCCGAGAAGGUGGCCGAGGCCCGCAAGCGAAAGAAUCGGAGGCUGAAGCAGGCAAAAGAAGAAGCCCAGGCAGAGAUUGAGCAGUACCGUCUGCAGAGGGAGAAGGAGUUCAAAGCCAAGGAAGCAGCGGCACUUGGAUCUCAUGGCAGCUGCACCACUGAAGUUGAGAAAGAGACCCAGGAAAAGAUGAGUGUAAUCCAGCAGAACUUCCAGAAGAACCGUGAGGUGGUCCUCUCCCAGCUGCUGUCACUAGUGUGUGACAUCAAACCUGAAAUCCAUGUGAAUUACCGCAUUAAUGGGUAGUAGUAGAAGAGGGAAUAAGCAUACUGGAAGUGCUGAUAGUAACGUCUGAGCUUCAGGUGAAAUGCACACCUCUUAGCCAUACCUUAACUGUUCUUCUUGUAAAUGUGUUAAAUUAUUUCAGUGAGUUGUAUGUAAGUCAUCAGUAUCUUGUUGGAGUUCUGUUAGUUUCUCUCUUGACACGGAUUCAGAGCUUACUCAAACGUUAACUGGCCACAUCUUAAAUAUGUGCAAAGUCAUUAACUAUAUACUGAAGUUGGCACAUUAAUGCUCCCUUUUUAUCUGGAUAGUAUUCAGUGAGAGCCUUUCCUCUGCAAAGUAGAUAGGGGAGAGAGAUGCUGGCUAGGUUUAAAUGGAGAGCCCGUGUCAGUGAUUCUUAGACCUGUGUAACUAUUAACCAAAAUGCAUCGUUCAGUGUGUUGUUAACCUUUGUACAGGGAUUAAACCUUGUAAGAAGAAUUCUCUGGCUGUAUAGUGCCGACUGAUAAUUUUCAGGUGCUUGAGUUUCUCUGUAUUGAAUAUCCUCUGUAUAUUCUGCUGUUAGCUUGAGUUACAAGUCUGGCACUAUGACACAUGGAAGUAAAAACACUUAUUUAAUUCUAAA